GACAGAAAAAAGCUCGAUAAUUCAACUAUUAAAUCUACAUUAUUGCCGCAAAAGUCACAGGGCCGUUACACCCAGUGAGGCCUGCUUUCUAUUUUUAUUAAAGUGAUGAAUAUUUGUAUUUUUUUCACUUUGUUUCUCACGAUAAAACGUUAGCUGUUAUGCUGGAUGUUGUAGCGCAUCGUAAUACUGUGUCGGGCAGCUGUCAAACCUGAGCAGCAGAGAGAAACCGAGUCAGCGGUACAGAUUUUUUUUUAUUAAACUCGGCCUGGAUACAGAGUGAACAGUCAUCUUUCAGUCAUUUUUCAAGUCAAGCGCCGAGAAAGAGAAUAAUUUUCAUACAUACCUUCGUUUAACAUGAAGCAGCGGCUGCUAACGUUAGCCUUCGUCCAGCCAGAGGCUACUGUGUUAAAAUAUGCCCUCAGCAAUGACUGCAAAGCACAACCGUGUGAGUUCCGGUUCUUUUCGGUGAGUCCGUUUUCAUUUUGCUCGUCUUUUAAGUGAGGGUCCGUAACUGGGGCGAAGCACGAAAAAAAUAAAAUAAAAUAAAAUAAUGUAUUACUUUCACAAACGGUCAUUUUUGUCUAUUUUUUGUCUAAGACUUUCCAAAGGCCUGUUAUUGAGUAGAUGUGUUCUGAGAAUAGGAUUUGAGAGGCAAAUAAUUCACAUAUUCAAUAUUACCGGCAACCCUUAUGUUCCCUUUUAGCCCCUAAUAACGUCAUAUGGCGGUAGCGUCUUCAAAUAACGGUAUUCUAGAGGACGAGUAAAUCCUGUUCCCGUUUCUAAAAUUUAUACUGGCUUCGGUGGUAAAAGUUACAUUAUUCACGACAAAAUCGAUUUCAAAAAUAAUUUAUUUGCUCAAAUUAUGUAUGAAAUCGAACAUUCAUCAUAAUGUUGAUCGAAAAGAUAAAGAUAUCUUGUUGAAUAUGUUGACAGAAUGUAUAUUCCUGGCAGACAAUUCUAAGGGCCUGAAUUACUUAGUGCAUUCUCGCGCGCAGUGCAGCAGGUGGCGCUGUCGCACCAUCAUGUUGUUUGCGCCACUACUAAACAGUAACAAAGGAAAAAGAAGAAAAACGGCGGUGCGUUUGAGGAACCCUUUACAAAUCCGAAAAUACAGAAAUUUAGAGUAAAAUAAAUAACAAACCUAGAAAUUUGAUAACUUCAGGAUAAAAUCGAAAUUUGCUGGUUAUAUAGUGUUAAAAAAAAAACAAUCAACUACUUUGUCAUAAUGUCUUAAUGGAUAAAUACUGACAAUAACAUGGUCUUAUCAGCCACUUUGAUAAAUCCAGCUUUACCAUUUAUAAUAUCUGAAUCUACAAAAGUGCAAAAGGUUGUUACUAAAGCUCUGACUCUUGAUCUUGAAGGUCAAAACCUAGAAUUUCCUCGGGACAUUAUCCGGACCAAAAUAUGUAUGGCAUAAAGACAUCCACCACAUCAACUAAUUUUUUAGAGGUUUGUCCAUAAACACAAUCCAUCAGCAUACAGAUGCUUUAAAAUGAAGCUUAUAGAUAGUCAGAACUCUCCGUGUUUUCCUUUGAAACUGAUCCUCUGGUCUAAGGUAGUGAAAUGUCGAUUUUCGAUCCUAAAACAGACAUCAUAACAGACAGAAUCAUAUUUUUAUUUCUCACAUACGUAUAUGCAUUUGCUCUGGAACUUUCAGCAAUAAAGAAAUGUUAAACACAAAUACCUCUUCUGUUUUGUUCCAGCAGUGUGUGGCUAAUUUUAGAAAGGGGGAAAAAAUAAUGUACAACCUUAUUUCUAACAAAUCUCAGAAUGUGACAUUAACUGACAAAUAGGAACCUCUGGUGGUUAAGCGUUGAGUUGAAGCCAAGAUUAGGUCACUCCAUGGUUUUACAGACUGUUAAAAAUCUUUGGGAAAGAGGAUGAAAUAAGGUUUUUGUUACCAAGUUUACAUUCGUGAAUGAAAUAUUUAGUACAGUAAAAUAUACAGAUUUAAAAUAUUAAAGUUUUUUUCCUCAUGUCUGUGAAUUCUGUUGAAACAAAAAUAAAAUAUUCUCCUAUAAUAAAACAAAGUCUCUCAUAUUAUAAACCCGCUGAAAUUUAAGAAUCUUUUAGUUUGUGUGUGGACAAAGCCAAAAACGGUGUAAUGCAGUCCCUGAAUGUUUUUUACGGAAUGAACAAUUUGUGCUUUUAAAAAUUUUAUUAUGUAGUGAUUUUCCUGGUAACACUUACUAUUAAUCUUAGAAUCUUAAAGCAUGUUUGAUUGGUGGGUUUAAUGAACCAAAAUAUUGUUGCAGAUGUAAGUUCCCCCUUUCAGGAUAAACAAGAAGCACUGACAACCAUGUAGAAAAGGCCGUUUGAUUGAACAAAUAUGAGUUUGUGGGUUUACUGAAAUCAAAGUCUGAGGGGCACUUGAGGUCGUGUUCAUACCUGAUCUCAGUGAAGUAAGAUACACAGUGUUAGUCAGAUAUCUGAGCACCAGUGUCAUUUUUCUUUAUUGCUUUCAUUCCCUCUGAUUGUUAAUGUAUAACUGAACUUGAACUGAAUUGGAAUUAAACAUAGCAGGACAGACUGUUAUUAAAGUCUUCAUUCUCAUUAAAUGAUCCCACACAGAUAGUUGGAUUGAAAAAGGAGGAACUUAAAGAAUCUAACUUUUGUGGUGUUUUCUUCACAUUUAAUGAAAGCUUGAAUUUCUCUUCUUAAUGUACUACUGAGGUGUCAACAUGCAGACGAUUCUUAUCUCACACUCCUCUCAUAAUGCAAUAAAACAACACGCUCUUUCCAGUAACAUAUGUAGGUGUGGCCUACCUGCAGAGCUGAUAAAGGAGUUUUCCACCUGAGUUCGUCCUUAUUGUUCGCCCCCUCUCGACGGAGUUCAGCUCUCCAUGUUGAAGUUUGGUAAGUGACAGUUUUAACUUUUUCAAGACUCGCUUUGAUUCAUUAAAGUAUAAAAACAGCUGUGUUCUGUUGUUGGCCUUCGGGUUCAUCACUGCUCUGGGAAUACUGUGAGACUUCCUCUGCCAACAGGGAAGGAGCUGCACGUUUGAUACCAGUGUGCUAACAGGUCUCUUGGAGACAGUUUAUAAAGGUGAGGCUCUCCAUUAUACAUUUAACAGCUGUUUUACUGUAAUAAUUGGUUAGAGUUAAAAUAGAAAACAGUUUAAAUAUUAUGACAGCAAAAUGGGCCACAGACACACUCCAUGAUUUACACCAUUUUAAUAGAUAUAGAUCUAUAUACGAAAAAAAAAACCCUCCACCAGGGAAUUUACCGACUUGGAUCAGCCUUAAAUUUCACCCUGUGCAUGUCUGUAGUCCUCGAAAAAUGGUCUCUGAAGAAAGCUCUGUGAAUGAAGGUGCAUGAAGAGGUUCCUUUAACUUGAUCACUGCAACAUUAGAAAUGCAAAUAUAAACUUACAUCACAAACACAGACAUUCAUUUGCUGGUGAAUGAAGCAGAGAUCAAAAAGCAAACCGUUUUUUUUUUACUGAGUUUUUCACGUUUUCCAGUCUUUUUUACCACAUUCUGAACUUUAUUUUGAUGUGCCGCUGGCUUCAAAUUCAAAAUGGAAAAACAGUGUUUAAUUUUUUUUUUUUAAUAAUAUUUAGAUUGGAUUAUAAGUUUACAUGUUUUGCUCAGUUAAUCUUUAGCUAAUUCUCGUCUGUUGAAUUCUGGGUUCUGUAAAAUUUUCAUGGUCAGAUAAGAUAAGAAGAACUUUAUUGAUCCCUGAACUUCCCUGUACUUUCAGAGAGAAGUAAAAUGGUUGUUUAUGGUUGUUUUUCAAGUCUAAUAAAGUCAUGAAUUGUAAUGUUUAUGACAUGUGGGCUUGAAUACAAAAUCUUCCUGAUUCAGAAUCAUUAUGAAGCUGUAGCAGUUUUCAUAUUAGUUUUAUCACUUUAUUAUGCCUGCUAAGUCUGAAGUUCAGACAGUUUGAAUUUAGAUGUUUAAGGUCAGUGCAGCCAAGAUGAAACAUAACAAGAGAAUUUGUUUAAGUGGAAGUCAAGGUUCAGUGUUUAAAUUACAGUAUAAAUGCACACACUAUUAGUUCAGUGCUUAAUCUGGUACCGUGCCAUGGUUUAUGUGCUAUGGUACACUAAUGGUGUUGGGGUCCUCCUGCAGCUCUGUGUUGUCACAUCUGCAGCGGGGCUGCUGAAAAACUGCUGACAGUCUCUUAUAAUACUGUUUGUAUCAGGAUGGAGAAGAAGAAACAAGGGUCUCCUGAACCCAGCUGUUUGUCCAUGAAGAGUGACCGGUCUAAGGGUUUGCUGAUUCACUUUGAAGAUGGACAUGAUGAUGCUGAUGGAGGGUGAGGUUUAAGAAAAACUGUUUAUUAUUUAACCUCCAAGAAAACACUCAUACUUUGGCUUAGAGGGCACAUUCAGCAGUGGCUUCACAAAGAGUUCAGUGGUUAGCCUGAAUAUGAUAAAAGAAAAUCUCUCAUGUGAUUAUCUAUACUCAUGUUUUUUAUGGAUUCUUAAGGAUAUUUUGUUAGUUGUGGAGUAAUGCUCAUUAUGAGAAAACCCUCUUUGUGGAAGUUUUAAGAUUAUUAGUGCUAAAGAGAUUAUUCAUUAAAGAUGUUUUCACUGAUCCACACUUUUUUUUCUGUACCAGGAUGAAGAGGAAGAGACCAGAGUCUCCCGAACCCAGCUGUUGGUCCAUGAAGAGUGACCGGUCUAAGGGUUUACUGAUUCACUAUGAAGAUGGACAUCCUGCUACUGAUGGGGGGUGAGAGCAGAAAACUGUAAAUUCUGAGGACUCAUGUGAUCUGUGGUCUCUUUACCCAAUCGCAGCGGUUCUAGAAAGUAUCUCAAAUAUCUGUCUGUGCCAUCCUGGGUCCUUCCUUCUUGAAUCUGUAGGUUGGAUUUCUAACGUUUCCUCUUCCAAGUGGUAUCUCUUUGGGAUGUGUUUUAGUGUAUGUUUACUGCUGAUUAGUAUAAAACACAUCAAACCAAGAUUCAAAGGUCACAUUCAGCCAAGUGAAAGUCAAGAUUUGCCUGCAGAAGACUCAGAUGUUCAGUUCAGUUUCUUUGUUGCCAAAUAAUGACAAACCAGGCUACCGAUAGUGCCUUUUGCUGGUAAACUGAGUACAUAUGGCAUUCAAGUUACAUUGGGAGUUUUAGAUUUUUGAGCAUAGAAAUCAAUUUUUUAACUGCUCAAGUAUCUGUGUGCAGGUUUAAUUGAAGGAGAACCUGUCAAUCAUUAUCCUUAUCUUAUAUUGAAGCUGAUAGUGCACCAAUAUAAUGAUAAAAUGAAGAUUCAGGGCAAAGGCUGACAGUUGGUGCUUUGAAUACUCCCUACGUGUGAAAGCAAAACCUCACACAGGAGUCAUCUUACUGAUGCACACCUGAGCUCCAUCAAAAGAGUUUCCUCCACUCUAAAAAGUGCAUGUAAAAAUCGAUUUUUUUGCACUUUUCCAUUAUUUGCAAAGUAAACAAUCAAUGGAUAAAAAAAUUUAACAUUUUCACAAGUAUUAUCAAAUUUUAAUUUUUUUAUUUGCUUGGUGGAGCCAUAAGAGGAAGAAAAAUAGCUGGCAAAAAGUUACCAGCCACAAUAAAAUUGUUAUUUAUUCAAGAUGUUGUGUUUGACCUGCUGUUUCUCUGUACCAGGGGGAAGAGGAAGAAACUAGAGUCUCCUGGACCAAGCUGUUUGUCCAUGAAGAGUGACCGGUCAAAGGGUUUACUGAUUCACUUUGACAAUGGACAUUCUGCUUCUGAUGGGGGGUGAGAGCCGAAAACUGGAUUUUUUUUCACUAAUAAAAUAUGUUUAGAUCCAUUUUGAAUAAGCCAGAAGCAGACAGAACAACUAGAGGAUGGGUUUCGUCAGGUUCACUCAGGUUUAAACAGAGACUGAAUAUCACCUACUUUCUAACACUGCUGCUGUAACACCAUAAUAUCCCAGUUUGGGAUCAAUAAAGUAAUUCAGAUUCAGAUUCAGAGAGCUGUGUCUUUAACACCUGAACUGUUUUUUCUCCACAGACCUCAGCAGAGCCCAGACAGCCUCGGUGUUCAGUCAGACCAGCAGCAUCAGACAGACUUGGACUCUGUACUUAUGGUUUGUGCAACACAUUUUUCGUGAAAAAUCCACUUUUCAAGGAUUUAAUGAUGUUCAAUUAUCUGUUUUGAUGAGCUGACCUCUAUAAUGACAGAUAAAUCACCUGCCGUCUUCUUCUAGUUAAAAUCAGAAAUCAUUCUGUUCCAGAAUUUGAAGAAAAAAAUCAACACCUUUGCAGAGAAUGAGUUGAAGAGAGCCCAGAGGGUUCUGAGUUCAGGUUACCCAGCAUGUUCAGAAAGUUUGGAUGAAGAUGAGGAGGCACUGGAUGGUGAGGAAGAGGAGCAGAGGAAGAGCAACAGAGAUGCCUUUCUGAAGAUCACUCUGAACUUCCUGAAGAGCAUGAAGAAGAAGGACCUGGCAGACUGUCUGCAGAGCAGUAAGUGGAUUUCAACAGAUUUAUCACGAUCAAACAAGGACAUAGAGGUUUGAAACAGAGAAACUGUAAUACUGAUGCCACUUCAAUCUCACUUCAAACAAACUUUUUUCACAUGUUCUCCUAAGUUAAAAAAGAAAGGAGCACACAAAGAACUUUAGGGGCCCAAUGAAAAUUGAUCAAAUUAUGUUUGCCUUAUUGGUCGACGUAAAAACAACAAAUUUUUAGAGGACAAAUUAGGGAAAUAAAGAGGUGUGUCUUAUUGUCUGAUCUUGGUAAUAUGAUUUAAAAUCAAUUUUAGGUCAAUUGGUCACGUGAUAUGGAAGUAAUUGAAGGAAAAACAGCCUUUUCUGAGAACAUCAACAGGUAAUUUAUUGACAGUCCCUUUUUCAACACCUGACGUUGAUAUCGAGGAUGCCGAGUAGAUUUAACCGCGCUGCUGUUGCUAUUCCUGGUUAUGGAGAGUGAGAAGACACCGGUAGAUCCGUAAUGAAUGCCUGUCGAAUAUCCAACCUAAAACUAACUUCACCGCAGUAUUUACAUGAAAGAAACAUUUGUUGCCUCGGUUUACUUGUAAUGCGCACAUGUGCCCCCUCGAGAGAUGAAUUUUGCCAGCCGCUAACUUCUGUAGCUACACCAACUUCGGCAACGACCACACGAUAGCAAUACACAGCAUGUAUCCACGCACAAACCGCAACCAAAAAGCCACUCUAUAGCCAUAAAUAACUCUCAGAACAGCACCUAACUUCAUCAACAGGACAUAUAGGGUCACAGCCAUCAAACAACUUUUUAACUUUGCAUAAUUCCUUUAGCAAGAGGACCAAACACUACUCACCCACUCUCCUAUAGCAGCCACUUGUUUGUGGGGGAGCCCUGACGAGUCGAUCACCAAGUGCAGUGGAGUUUCACAGCUUAAGGAAGAACAUUUGAGAUCAUUACUUCAUAGAAAUGCAAUCAGAGUCCUUGUGUAUCUUGUAUGUGCACUGCAGAUAUGGUGGUUCUUCUGCCUUACGAUAAGAUACUGCUUCAAGACCAUCACACCCACGGUUGCCAACACAGGUGCAAAUUCACUCGUCAUUUAUGUGGGUGCUGUUCAUAAAAAUGGCGGCUGUGUUGAGUGAGAAACAACAAGGACACUUGCGCUCAAUGCCAAACCCUGAGCAGUGGGUGUCCUCGUCUAAUUACCUCUAAACAGUUAUUCUAUCUUUUACUCGUACAUUUCGAUAAUCCCAUUAAUGCAGCUGCACUGAUUGAAAAAAAUAUGUGCUACAAAAAUAUUAAUGUGUGACACACUCAUGGUUUUCAUUUUUGCUUGUAAAUUCAGGAACUUCUAAUGCAGUGUGCCAGAGUAAGCUUAAGUCCAACAUGAAGAGGAAGUUCCACCUUGUGUUUGAGGGGAUUGCAAAGGCAGGAAACAAGACACCACUGAACCAGAUCUACACAGAGCUCUUUAUCACAGAGGGAGGGAAAGGAGAGGUCCAUGAUGAACACGAGGUUAGACAGAUAGAACAAGCAUCCAGGAAACCAGACAGACCAGAAAAAAACAUCAGACAAGAAGCCAUCUUUGAACCUCCACCUGGGAGAAAUGUACCAAUCAGGACAGUGAUAACGAAGGGAGUGGAUGGCAUCGGGAAAACAGUCCUGACACAGAAGUUUGCUCUGGACUGGGCUGAAGACAAGGCCCACCAGGACAUCCAGUUCAUGUUUCCGUUUACUUUCAGAAAGCUGAACAUUGUCACAGAGAAGUUCAGCUUAGUGGAACUUAUUCAUCUCUUCUUCACUGAAACCAAAGAAGCGGAGAUCCGCAGCUUUGAAGAGUUCAGGGUUUUGUUCAUCUUUGAUGGUCUAGACGAGUGUCGACUCCCUCUGGACUUCCACAACAAUGAGAUCGUGACUGAUGUCACCAAGUCCACUUCAGUGGACGUGCUGCUGACAAACCUCUUCAAGGGGAAUCUGCUUCCCUCUGCUCGCCUCUUGAUAACCACACGACCUGCAGCAGCCAAUCGGAUCCCUCCUGAGUAUGUUGACAAGGUGACAGAGGUCAUGGGGUUCACUGACCCUCAGAAAGAGGAGUACUUCAGGAAGAGAUUUGAAGGUGAUGAGGAGAAGACCAGAAAGAUCAUCUCACAUGUCAAGACAUCCCGAAGCCUCCACAUCAUGUGCCACCUUCCAGUCUUCUGCUGGAUCACUGCAAAAGUUCUAGAAGAUGAGCUCAAGACCAGAGAGCAGGGAGAGCUACCCAGAACCCUGACUGAGAUGUAUGUCCACUUCCUGGUGGUCCAGGCCAAGCUCAAGAACAUCAAAGAUAGAGGAGGAACUGGGGCUGAUUCACCCUGGAGUCCAGAGAGAAGGGAGAUGAUUGUGUCUCUGGGUAAACUGGCGUUUGAGCAGCUGCAGAAGGAUCACCUCAUCUUUUAUAAAUCUGACCUGACAGAGUGUGGUAUCGAUAUCAAAGCGGCCUUAGUGUACUCAGGAGUUUUCACACUGAUCUUUAAAGAAGCAAGAGGACUCUACCAAGAGAAGGUGUUCCGGUUCAUCCACCUGAGUGUCCAAGAGUUUCUGGCAGCUCUGUAUGUCCAUCUGACCUUCACCAACUCUGGAGUCAACCUGAUGGAAGAAGAAACAGCAAGAAAAACCAAACCUGCUGAGACACAGUUCUAUCAGAGUGCUGUGGACAAAGCCUUACAGAGUCCAAAUGGACACCUGGACUUGUUCCUCCGCUUCCUCCUCGGCCUUUCAGCUGAGACUAACCAACAUCACUUACAAGGUCUACUGACACGAUCAAGUAACAGCUCUCAGAUUAAAGUAGACAUUGUCACGUACAUUAAGAAGAAAAUUGAGAAUCUGCCUGCAGAGAAAAGCAUCAAUCUGUUCCACUGUCUGAAUGAACUGAAUGAUCGUUCUCUGGUGGAGGAGAUCCACAGGCCCCUGAGGUCAGGACGUCUCUCCACAAAUGAGCUGUCUCACGGUCAGUGGUCAGCUCUGGUCUUCAUCCUACUGUCAUCACAAGAAGAUCUGGACUCAUUCGACCUAAAGAAGUACUCUGCUUCAGAGGAGGCUCUCCUGACGCUGCUGCCUGUAAUCAAAGCCUCAAAUAAAGCUAUGUACGUGUACACAAAACUACACAAGUUUUAAGAGGAAGUUUUACUUCAUUCAAAAAGAACCACUUUCCAUUGUAAUGCAGGUAUUCUUUAACCUUUUGAUUCCCCUUCAGGCUGAGUGGUUGUAACCUGUCUGAGAGAAGCUGUAAAGCUCUGUCCUCAGUUCUGAGCUCGGUGUCCUCUAACCUGAGAGAGCUGGACCUGAGCAACAACAACCUGCAGGAUUCAGGAGUGACGCAGCUGUGUGAGGGACUGAAGAGUCCACACUGUAGACUGGAGACUCUCAGGUGAGUACAAAGCUGCAUGAAGAAGACAACCCACUCAUACAAUGGUAUUUUAUGAAUCUGUUUAUUCUUCUGUGUGAUUCCCUUCAGGCUGAGUGGUUGUAACCUGUCCGAGAAAAGCUGUGAGACUCUGUCCUCAGUUCUAAGUUUUCAGACUUGUACGCUGAGAGAGCUGGACCUGAGCAACAACAACCUGCAGGAUUCAGGAGUGACGCAGCUGUGUGAGGCACUGAGGAGUUCACACUGCAGGCUGAAACUCUGAGGUUAGUGCACACGAAGUCAAGCUUAGCUUCAAUCAGCUCCUAUCCCUAAUGCUGCACUACAGUUGUACACGGAAGUUGGAACUUCCAAGGUCCAAGUCGGAAAUUGACCUGGAAUGAAAUGGAAAGUCGGAUGAUGCUCACAGACCCCGACUUUACAGCAAUUCAUAAUCCAAGAUGGCAGCACUGUGCAUCAUCAGUAAAGAGUAACAGUGGAAGCUCUCAUAAUGUUUUAUUUAUUUUUAUUUUUUCUGUUUUGUUUUUGUGAAAUUAAAUAAGUGGUAUAGUAAAAAAGAGUAAAAAAGGGUGUUAUGCGUUGUUGACAACUCGUAUAGCUAACAGCAACUAACAACAACUGACAACGGCUAACGACAGCUGACAAUUGUAAACAACGGCUAACAACGGCUAACAGUAGGCGUCCAUCUUGGUUUUCCGACUUGUUAACUGGAACGCCGUCAACUUUUAUGUAACGUCAUUCCCUGCUCGACUUUUGACUUCCUAGGUAACUGGAAGGCAGCAUAAGCCCCGCCCCUCGAACACAGAUAAGCCAAUGGAAGUUUAGUAGCCCACCAGGAUUGGCAAUGAGGAGUAUUUCAUUCCAUUUCCAAAACCAAAGAAAGACCAGAGUAAAUGUCUGCUACUAAAUAAGUCGUGUGGCAGACCACAGCCAACUUAAUGUCCAGAAGAUCAACAAAGAUGUCUACAUGUCAAGACGACUUUGGUUUACUUAAUAACUGCAUUAGGGCUGCAUGGUGGUGCAGUGGUUAGCACUGUAGCCUCACAGCAAGAAGGUUCCUGGUCCGAAUCCCUGGCCAGGCAGGGGCCUUUCUGUGUGGAGUUUGCUUGUUCUCCCCAUGCAUUUCCCCCCGUGGGUUCUAUCCAGGAGCUCCGGCUUCCUCCCACAGUCCAAAGACCUGCUCAUCAGGUUAAGUGGUCACUCUAAAUUGUCCGUGGGUGUGAGUGUUAGUAUGGAUGGUUGUCUGUCUCUGUAUGUCAGCCCUGUGAUAGACUGGUGACCUGUCCAGUGUGUACCCUGCCUCCCUCCCAAUGGCAGCUGGGAAAGGCUCCAGUACCCUGAGACUGAAUGGGGAAAAGCAGUAAAGAAAAUGGAUAAUAACGGUAUUAUUCAUUAUCAAUGCUGCCAAAGUUAUCCAGUGCUAAAAAUAAAACGUAAGUUUGAUAGUCUGUCAGUACAAAUGGUGAAUGAACAGAGGUUAACCUGCAGCUGUGCUGUGUCUCAUUCUCUCCAUCAGAUAUCUGUGAGCUGGGACUGGACACAAAGAUGUUGACCUCACUGAGAGCCAAGUGUGAAGUAUUUGAAAGUCAAACUUAAGUAGAUGCACUGUACAAAAAAUGGCUUUGACGAAAAAACAAAGUUUGCUGCUGUAAAGUUUCCAAAUAUUUCUUAUGUAAAACGUUUUAAAACAGUCACCAUGGUGGAUUCAAUGUAGCCUCCAGCAGGGGAAAAUGUCAUCUUUGUUGUUUGCGUGUAACACUGUUGGCCCUCGAGCAAUGCAAUUUCAAUCCUCUGUAUGUGUCAUACAUGUUGCAGAAUUGACAAUAAAGCUUGAACCUUGAAUAUUCAUUUUUCACAGUCAGAUCUGCUGCCAGUUAAAAGCCUUUUUAAUCUGUAUAUAUGCUUACCAUUACUGCAAACCGGAUUAUUAUUGCACAGUCAUUAAAUUACACAGUAAGCUCCUCCACAAAUUGAGUUGUUUUUUAUUUCUUCACAAAUCUGAGGAGUAGAAGCCCUCAAUUUGUGAAAUUUUAGAUAAUGAAUCUCAAAUUUAAUACUGUUUCAUUCCCUCUGGAACAGUGUUUUUAUUGAAAAUUUAUAUUUUGCUUGUUAAAAGUAUAUUGUACUAUGAAUUGUGCCAAAUAUAAAAAUAAAAUAAAUUAAUAAAUAAAUAAUCCUUACCACUGUUAACACAGAAGAGCUGAAUUCAGUAAUUUUUCUCAUCUUCCACCUAAAAACAUGUAGUAAAAAUAUAUAUCUAUUCUCCAAAGGUGAGAUUUGUUUUUGCUGAAGUAAGACUCUAACCCAGGACAAAAGUUGUGAAGUUACAAAAAUAAAAUAAAUUAAAAUAAAAUGGGGUUGUGUUUCUUGUCCUGAAUAAUCAAUAAUCUCAGUUUUUAAAGUGACCCUGAAUGCAUCACUGACAUCAGCCAGCGUCUCCCUCUGCAGACUGAGAGGGUGGCCGCCUUUGUUUCUAAUAGCAGAACUGAGAUUUCAUCCCCAUGUUACAGUAAUUUAGUAAACAACAAUAUCCUCUAUCUUUAGAUUAGUGUUUUCUAUCAUAGUCUGAUAUAUUCUAUCACUGUGCUUUUCACACAUAUGGUACACAUGAUAUACAUAGGUGAAAUCAGAGUGAUAGUGGGAUUAAGAAAAAUGGCACAUACUAAAGACCAUACCUCUGGACAUAUUCUUUGAGUUUUAUGUAGAAAAAAAUAAAAGUAACCCUGAAAUUUGCUUUGAUUUGUUGAAACAUGGUGGAGAAGCCAAGUCAUAGCCUGAGCAACUUUAUAGUGCAUCACAUGACAUUAACAUUGAGCCUUUUUAAUCUGUGUAUAUGCUUACCAUUACUGCACACCGGAUUAUUACUGCACAGUCAUUAAAUCACACAGUAAGCUCCUAUAGAAACAUCUGUUACAUCCCUGCAUGACUACACAGCCGUUACAGUAUGUCCUUAACAUUUACCUUUUUAUGUCUACUAACUUUAUUUUUUAAUGUAUAGAUCAUAAAGUUAGCCAUCUUUUGAUUUUUUUAUAUAAGUUUCUUGAAAACACUUUUUUCUUUUGUAUGUCAUUCUAUUUCUCGUCUUUGCAUGUCGUUCCCUCUACCUACCACACGAUGUCAGCGUUAACCCAAAAAAUAAACACACAACAGACCAACUUGUUAAAAAACGUUUCUUCUUCUUUGUUGCCCAGCAUGUAAACUCUUUCCCCCAGAUUUCACAAAACUCUACAGUAACAUUUCCAUGAAAUAAACGAUCCGAACAUGCCGCGUUUUAAUACAACUGACGAGAAAUAAUAUCAUGCAUUACAGUGACGAAUUUCACAUUAAAUAAUGGAUCCCUUGAGCUCUUUCUCCGUUUUAUGUGCACUCAGGAAAAUGACAAAUAUAUAGUGUUUAUAUUUACAGUUCUCAAAGGCAGUUGUGACUUUAUAAAUGUAGAUAAGAAUAACACUGAGCAGUUGGAGGCACAGGAAGUCCGCCUCCGGGUUCCAGCGGCGUUUUCAGCACCUAUCAGCCGUAUUCACACGGCGGCCAUUUUAUUAUGACGUUACGCUAAAGGCGGGAAAUCCGGGUAAACAUUCUGGAAGCUAGCUGAGAAGGCGUUUUCAAGGUAAAACAACAGACCCAGCUACAACCUCUUUUAUCAAAUAGUUAUGCUAAAACCC